AUGUGGGUCUACUACGUCUCCUUGUGCAGUGUCUUCGAAGUCACAUAUGCGUUCAGUAAUGUUGUACUGGCAACAUUAUUCUCGAAGAUCAUCGGUCCCAGACGGCAGGUAGGAUAUCUCGUUAUUACUGCUUCAUACUCCUCCGCUGAAGCCCUGGGAGUCUUCCAAAUGUCCGGAUCAAUCGCACGGAUGACGGAGCCGAUACUUUUGAAUCUUGUCUACGCCAAAUGGGGACCUCGAGGUGUGUGGCUCGUCGAGAUCGCCCAGCUUAUGUUCACCUUCACCCUCUGGAUGAUCUUUCUGAAACGAUUGGUCCCACUUGAGAAACGCUUCCAGACAAAGAAGGAAGUUGAAGAGAUGAAAGUAUCAGCCAUCGCCUAA